AAACAGCCAAGAUGGCGGCGGCGGAGGCCGGCGGGAUGGGCCUCACCGACCUGCCCGGGGAGCUGCUGGAGCUGAUCCUGUGCAGUGGGGUCCUGAGCGCCGCCGACAUCGGCCGCGUCUCCUGCACCUGCCGCCGGCUGCGGGACGUGUGCCAGGCCCGCGGCAAGGUCUGGCGGGAGCGCUUCCGCCUGCGGUGGCCAUCACUACUGAAGUAUUAUAGCCAUACAGACAACGUCAAUUGGCUAAAGGAAUAUAAAGCACGGCACAAUGCUGGCUUAGAAACUCGACGAAUUGUAGCAUCAUUCUCCAAAAGAUUCUUCUCAGAACAUGUCCCCUGUGAUGGCUUCAGUGACCUUGAGACUCUUGGGUGCCCGGGUCAUUUUUUUGAGGACGAGCUGAUGUCUAUCCUUAACAUGGAAGGAAGGAAGUGUCUAACCUGGAAGUACUAUGCAAAGAAAAUUCUUUACUUUCUACGACAACAGAAUAUUUUAAAAAAUCUGAAGGCAUAUCUUGAACGACCUGGGGACCAACUGUCAUUUUUGGAAGGUGCUGUUUUAAUUGACCAGUACUGUAAUCCUCUCUCAGACAUCUGUCUAACAAGUAUCCAAGCGCAGGUUGAUGAUAUCACAGACAAAGUUCGCAAAGUCCUGCGGACCAAAAACCCUAGGCAUCCAAGCUUGGCUCCAAAGGCAGGAGAGGUCUUGAUUGUUUCUGAUGUGGAGUUUCAAAGGCAGGUACUGGAUGCUGUAAAUUGUGUCCUGUAUGAACAAUUAAAAUACAAAGGAAAUGAGAUGGAUUACUACAACUCUUUGAAUUCAUACAUUCACCAGGUUUUAAUCCGUAGGACGGGAAUCCCUAUCAGCUUGUCUGUGCUCUAUUUAACAAUUGCCAGGCAGUUGGGAGUCAGACUCGAGCCAGUCAACUUUCCUAGUCACUUCCUGCUGAGAUGGUGUCAAGGGAAAGAAGGAAGCACAGACAUCUUUGACUACAUAUACAUAGAUGCCUUUGGAAAGGGAAAGCAGCUAACUGUGAAAGAAUGCGAGUACCUGAUUGGCCAUCAUGUAACAGAGGAGUUCUAUGGAGUGGUUACUUCAAAGGAGGUCUUGCAGCGUAUGGUGGGAAACCUCUUAAACCUUGGAAAGCGGGAAAGCACUGAUCAGUCCUACCAGCUCUUGAGAGACUCCUUGGAUCUGUACCUGGCCAUGUAUCCGGACAAUGUGCAGCAUCUAAUGCUCCAGGCUAGGUUAUACUUCCACCUGGGAAUCUGGCCAGAAAAGGUUCUGGACAUCCUGCAGCAUGUUCAAGUGUUGGAUCCAUCCCAGCAUGGGGCAGUGGGGUAUUUAGUUCAGCAUACCUUAGAGCAUAUUGAACGCCGUAAGGAGGAAGUGGGACCUGAGGUGAAGCACCAUUCUGAAGAGAAGCACAAAGAUAUCUGCUUUUCUAUUGGGCUGAUCAUGAAACACAAGAGAUAUGGCUAUAACUGUGUCAUUUAUGGCUGGGAUCCCACCUGCAUGAUGGGACAAGAAUGGAUGAGAAAUAUGAAUGUCCAUAGCCUACCUCAUGGCCCCCAUCAACCUUUUUACAAUGUGUUGGUGGAGGACGGAUCCUGCAUAUACGCUGCUCAAGAGAACCUGGAAUAUAACUUGGAGCCUCAUGAAAUCCCUCACCCUGAUGUCGGCCGCUAUUUUUCAGAGUUUACAGGCACUCACUACCUGGCAAAUAAAGAGCUGGAGAUUAGGUAUCCUGAGGAUUUGGAACUUUCUUGUGCAACAGUCCAAAAGAUCUACAGCAAAGUCAAGGAAUGAGUGAAACUUGAUCACAAGGACAGAAGAAAGUUUAUCACAGCUGCUACUGUAUCCUCUUUGUGGACAGAAUUAUGGAAGCCAAUUUUCACAAUAAUCUUCAGGCGUAUGCCCCAGGAAUUGCAUCGCACUUCAUAACCUGUGAGAUCACGUAUGUCUAAUAACCACUCAGUUACCAUCUGCCCACACUAGUCCAUUAAUUUGGGAUGCAUUGGUAUUCCAGACAAGGCAUUCAUUACCUUGAAGUGACAAUCAAAGUAUGAAGUGUAUUGUCCCCUUGAGCGCUUGUAUUUACCACUUGUGUGUUUAGGAUCGACUUUUCCUAUUUAGGAUGUGAGCAUGUUACAACUCUAGCUAGAGUCUGGAAUAAUCCCAUGUUAUGGAUAAAGAGAUGGAUCAUACUUGCAGUAUUUUUUUAUAUAUCUAUUCUGUGUAUACAGUAGUUUUAAGGUCUCUCUGAAGUUCCACAAUUGUUUGUUUCCUCAAUUCUGAUUUUCCUCUUACCCUGAAAAUAAGUGUUGCUAACAUUCCAAUUCUGAAAUCACUUGUCAGCCUCGGCAAUGGCACUGAAACUUUCUUGAACAAGAAUCAUGAGGCACCAUAUGAUGGUGAGUUCAACAGUAACUUGAAUGGACCUCAUACAUGUAACGCUUCCAGCUGUUACAAACGCACCGUUGAAUCAUUUUAUAGAAAAUAAGAUCCUGGCAAUUUUCUCUCCCCAAUAUACUUGUUGUUGGGACCCUGAUUCCUACCUGUACUUUUUCUUCCAUUAUGUUCUCUUCAUGGUGUUGAAUUUGUGAUGUGGUCAUAUAUGUAUUUUUCUACAUGUCUCCUUUUAUCUGGUUGAAACUGUUAAAACUUGUAGUUUGAACCACCAUCUUGUGGUGAAGUCUUUAUUUAGUGAGCUGUUAUCUAUACUGUCAGAUUGCAAUUGUGCCAUGAAAGUCAGUAGACGCCAGCAUCUGGCAAACAAUACAUGGAGAACUUAUUUCCUAUAUCAUGAUGCCUUCUUUCUUUUGAUCAAAAGAAAAAUGCCCUUUGAAGGGGAAAAGAGGGUUAACUAUUUGUCCAAAUUCUGACCCCUGCAAGGGAGGUGCUUCAGAAACGGAGGACACUUGAAUUUUAAUGAGACUGCCGCCGUAGAGUCUGCAAAGCCUAGAAAAAUAGUACAUGAUUAUUUUCUUUUAGGGUUACAUAAGAAUUGGAUGUGAAGUUGCAAAGUAUUUACAAAGAUAUGGAAUAUCUACAGUACUUUCGUUUCUAAAUUAAUAACUCCUGGCAGGCUGCAGUCAUGGUUUCUAAUUACCGUGUGGUUACAUAGUUAUAGACAGAAGACUUAGUUAUCCUGCCCUGUAGAGUAAAAUGACACCCUUAUUCUUGUAACAUUUUAAAUGUGUCUGUGCACUAACGUGCACCCUUCUUUUUAAGAUAAUUGAUUUGCACGCAGUCUUGUGUAAAUAUUUAACAAGCAACUUACACUUUUCACAGUGAAGUUUCGUGAUCUGCAAGUUCCUCAACGCUUGAGAGGCAGCAGAAAAAAACCUAUUAGUGCUAAUAAAUAGGAAAGAAUAAAAUUACACUACAAUAAAUUUUCUGAUAAUCCCAGCUGAAUUAAAGGGGAUUUAGGUACAAAAUUGUCACUGAUUUGAGAGUCAUGUAGCUAAACCCCUGUGCAAACUUCAAACUAAAAUCCAAAUCUCUGUCUCUAAGGGGUUGAAAAUUGUAAUUUUUAGGGCAUAUCCUGAAAGAUUGCCCAUGUUUGGAACGACUCUGCUAGUAGAGUAAAUGAGGGAAUACUACCUUCGGUUUUAAUUUCUAGGCUGUUGUGCAUCUGACCCUUAAACAUAUAGUAGAAAGAGACAGAUGACUAGGAGUCAGGAUUUCCAGGUUCCCAGCUCUGCCACUACUCACUGUGUGACCUUGGGCAAAUCAUUUCUCUCUGCUGCACUUUUUAUCUGCAGAAUGGAUGGUCUAAUAUUUACCUGUUGUACCUCCCAUGGGUGUUUUUGAAUGUUUGGAAAGCACUUUGAAAUUCUCAGCUGAAAGGUGCUUUAUAAAUGCAAACUCUUAUUCUGCUAUUGAAUAUCAGUGGUACAUGUGCAAUUAAACUCCUACACAAGCUCUGGUCAGCAUCGUGUUUCAGUGUGACUUGGUUUUCCUUUGUCUUUAAAGGUAACAUUAAAACAAAAUUUUAACCUCAAGUUAUAACUGUAAAUAUGUAUUGACACAUUUUAAAUAUAUGCUAUAAUUUAGUGAUACAAAAUGGGCUUGAAAGUAGCCCCUAUAGCCUGUUUGUGUAAAUUUUUAUUUGGGCACUUAUAUAUCUUUUUUUAGAAAGUGGAUUUUGGACCUGAUAAAUCAUAACAACUGUUCUUGACCUUUUUCACAAAUCUGUGACCUAGUCCCUUGUCACACUUACUGUAUCCAUUUGUGAGGUGGAACCAUUGCAAUGUACUAUUGGAUACAAGUAUUAAAAGUGAGUUAUGUAUAGCUACUUUUCAAACAAUUGUUCAAACAACUGUUAGCUUGUGUCUAUAUUACAGAGUAGGUUGAUCUUGUCCAGGGGUUCUCAAACUAUGGGUCGGGACCCCUCAGGGGGUCGCGAGCUGUCAGCCUCCACCCCAAACCCACUUUGCCUCCAGCAUUUAUAAUGGUGUUAAAUACAUUAAAAAGUGUUUUUAAUUGACAAGGGGGGAUUGCACUCAGAGGCUUGCUAUGUGAAAGGGGUCACCAGUACAAAAGUUUGAGAACUCCUGAAUUUUCUUAUUUAUACAAUGGACACAUCGGCUGCAGAAUUUUAUGUACGAAUUACUUGUGAAUCCUAGGAUCUGUAGAACACUUCUGCAUGUCUAUGUACUAAAAAUAGCAGAAAGAUUUCUGUGGAGGUUAGAAGGGGAAAUAUCUUUGUAUGAGAGAGUUUAGCCCACAUUGUGAUUCUGCUCUGCCGUGUGAUUCUGUAAAAAUGGCAUCAUGUGACUAUAUAUGUACAGUUUUCUUUUUCAUAUGAACUAAGUUUAGGAGUAAAAAGAUUAGCUUUCUAACUUCCAGUCCUACACACCCAGUUUGGGAUCUGAGUCAAGUUUGGGUCUUUUCUUAGAUAUCACUAGUAAGAAAGGUUCUGUAGGGGAAAUUACGUCCUCAGUGACACCCACGUGAUCCUAUUGCUUUCCAUGGGGUUGCAGAAAUGUAAGUGAUUGGAACUUAGUAAACAAUUCUGUUGCACAAGAAUGAAUUGCUCCUUCUUAGCUUCAUUGAUUCUGCACAGCUAACUGGAGUAAAAAAUAGUGUGAGCUUUAGUGAUUUAAAUAAGUGGUCAGAUCUGAUUGUGUUUAUACACAGAUCUGAUAAGUCAAGUGCCAUUUUCUUAGUGACUUCUUAGAGUAGAACUGUAUUUCACCUGGAGUAUAUCAUUAGUAGAAGACGAUUCGGGAAAAUAAAAGAACAGGGCCUGUGGGAAAAGACCCAAUGGUCAGGAUUAUAGAUGUAUAUAGGGUCAGACUUGCUUAACUUGACAAAUCACUUCACCUAGAUCAUUUUAUCCUGAGUAAAUUGCAUCCAAAGUCAAAUUCUUGAGUUAUCACUUCAUACUCAACAAAAAUCUGCCUUUAGAAUAGUCAAAACACCUUUCUAAUUUGGGAGACGCCUUCCAGGAUAUAAAACAGCUCUGAGAGUUGUAUCUUGUCCUAUGAACUGUUGCAUAUGUCAUCGGUAGUAAUUAUGUACAUGUUAAGGAUACAAAAGCUUUUCCUAAAGCAGUAUUAGGCUUUA